AUGUUUGCACCAACGUUUGUCGACCUGCAAGGUUUCGUCGUCGGGAUGAAGUUUGUCGUGAAGGAGGUGGCGGUGCUGAGAAACGGGGCCGUUCUGGCGCAUUACAUCUUUACAUGCCCCAUGCCGUGGAAUCUCCUCACAAAAUCCGACAAAUCGUGCGCUUCCUGGUUGAUUCGCAAUCACCAUGGAUUACGAUGGGAAGACGGAAACGUGUCGUACAGCAAGGUGAAGCGUUUAAUUACAUCAGCGGUGCUCGGAAGCAACGGCGGCAACAGCGGCAGCAGACGUAUGAAUUAUUGCGUGCCGAUUCCCGAUGUUGAAACUCCAACGUGUGAAAACAACAUUUCGUUGGAUCGUCGCGCGGUUCGUAUACUCAGCAGACGAUACGCGCUGACAGCUACGGAAUACAAAUUCCUCGAAAUUGGUAUCAACGUGGGUCCACCGAGCUACGUGGAGAUCGCCAUUGGAGAUCCUCGCCGAGGAAAGGAACUGCUGUUGUCUCUCGAAACGUGGAAGGCGCUAUACGAGCAACGGCAAAAUAUUCAGAAUUUCUUUCGCAAUGACUUCAAAGAUAUCCAUAGUUUUAUAAACGUUGGACCGCUAACGGUGAGAGUUUGUACGGUUAAUAACAUCAAACUCAUACGUCUCGAAUCUGCAAAUGUAUGCUUGAGAAUGACCGAAUCGACGUUGCAUCGUAUGUUCGAUCUCGAUCGGUGCAUCGAUGCGAGAUUCAAUCAUUUGAUCAGAAUACUUGCGACGGUCGAUGCAAAGUUUGCGCAGUUCUCCGAUAUCGCGUCCACUGCGAAGGAUCCCAAGGAAGCGUCGAAUGUAAUAUACGCUAGCGAUGCGUUCAAUACGAAUCAGAUCAUCGAUUGUGAGCUCGCAGCUUUAGUUUUUAGCACGUAA